AUGGCACAUUCGGAAAUUGCAGAAACUGUCAGUGUUGUCAUUAAAAAAACGGACGAAACCAAGAUCCUUUUGGUGGAUUAUGAUGGGCGAGGUUACUGGCUACCGUCUGCAACUAGGCGAUCAAAUGAGAACUUGAAUUCGACAGCCAAGCGACUUACUCGUGAGGCUGUAGGUAAAGACGUAACGCUUCAUGGAAUCCUUAAAACUCAUUUGAUUAGAUUUGAUGCUCGACCUCCCGUUAUGCACAUGACAUUUUUGGCAGAAUCUCUCACUGAUGUGAUCCAGAUUGCUCAGCCAAACCUGGCAGCCUGGAUGGGGGAAGAGGAAGUGAGCUCACUUCUGAACGAAGGGCCAGGACUGCUGGGAACAGAGCCUGCCAAAUUCCUGCAGAUGCUUAAAGAAGGUCCUAUUACCCCUUCGGUGUCGACACUGUCAGAGACGAGCGUAGAUUAUUAUGACAUCACCUCUAAGUCUUCCCAGGCCUCCACACAUGAGCUCCUGAUUCGCGGGGCCAAGUUUGGCAAACAGGAGCAGGAAUGGUUGUUUGAGGAGUUUCUAUUGGCUAGCCACCCGACCCACACAAUGAACCAGGCCACGUUUUCCAUAUACAUGGAGGAGAAAGGGGUGAAGCCCGAUCACAUGGAAGCCCUCUUCAGAGCAUUUGAUGUUCACCGGCGUAAGCUGCUGUCAUUUAAGGACGUGUUAUUAGGGCUAGCUGCCAUGGAGCCCACGACUCCCCAUGGGAGUGUCCCGGCAGAAAUGCGCUGCCGCUACAUCUUCCGUUUCUACGACGAAGACUCAGAUGGAUUCUUACAACACAGCGAGUUUAGAAAUCUGGUGUAUGCUAUCCGUGUUCAGAAAGACUUGCCACUGGAUGAAGAAUCAGUGAACACAGACACCGCAAACAGUGCCAAGAUAUUUGGGCCAAGUUUCACUGACAAGCUCUCCAUGUCAGAUUUCCUCACGGCUGUGGGACAGCUUAAAUUCAGGGGUACCUCUGUUCUCCUCAGGCUGCCUUAUUCCUGCACCAAAAAGAUGAAAACACCUGAUAUCCCUGAUGUUGUCAUGGAAACACACAGUCCCGAUUCUCCGAAUGAACCACCACAGAAAAAACACAAGACCAAACUUCUGGAUGGCUUGAAGACAAAUUUAGGUAAUCAUACCAGUGAGACGUUUAAGGUGCCCCAGAAGAAGUCUGCCCCCCGAAGCAACUCCACCUCCCCUGUCCCGCCGCCUGAGGAGGAGAAAUAUGUCUUAGCGACGCACACGGUCAAAGUGCGUCGGACUGGCACGUUGUCAGAUGUGCUGGCCAUCUGGGACCUCCAGGGGACAGAAGCUGUGAGUGGGAGCUCGGACUGCCACCUGGAGGGAGAUCUCAGUCGUUUCCAGAGGAUGCCUUCCGUGGACUCUUUCAACCAAAGAUCACACCCUAACGAGAUGUUGACAGGUCUGCGCUAUUUUGAGAGGGGUAUCCGCGGGGAAAAUGGCGUUUUAACAAAGGAACAGUUUGACUGGGGUCAAGUAGACAAAAUGGCGCUGGCCAAGUGUCUGUUAGCCCUUUGUAGACAGGCCAAGGAUGCUCUGCGAGAGGAACCCAGGCUGCUGAAGCUCAAAUCUCCUACAUAUAUUCUGGGUGAUAUCCAUGGGAAUUUCCGUGACCUGGUGUGUUUUGAGAAGGCGUUGUGGCGUAUGGGCCCCCUCCUGACUCCCGCAUCCUUCCUCUUCCUGGGCGACUACGUCGACAGAGGAGAACAUGGUGUAGAGGUUGUGGCCUAUCUUUUGGCGCAGAAGCUGCAAGCUCCGGGCAAAUUUUACCUGUUACGAGGUAACCACGAACUGAGGAAUGUGCAGGAGAUGUUCCAGUUUAGAAGUGAGUGUACAAACAAGUUUGGAGAGACAGUAGGAAGGCAGGUAUGGGAUGCCAUCAAUGAGUGUUUUGACAUGAUGCCUAUAGCUGCUACAGUUGAUGGCAAGGUAUUUUGUGUACACGGCGGCAUCCCUAGCUUAGAACACGGGGAUGGCACCAUCGAGUCCAUCAACAGUAUUCCCGCUCCUCUGAGAGACCCCGAGAUGGAAAGUCCCCUAGCCUGGGAGAUCAUGUGGAGCGACCCUAUCAGUGGAGACUUGUCUGCAGAGAUCCAGCAUGACUUGCUGGAGAACAACGGCUUCAUCUUCAACACACGACGAGGCACAGCACACUUCUUCAGCUGCGAGGCGCUCAUGACCUUCUUGGAGAAGAAUAAACUUUCUCAUGUCAUUCGGGCUCAUGAGGUUCAGCAGGUCGGCUUCCAGGUGCAGCAGCGCGGCAAACUCCUGACAGUAUUCUCCUCCUCACAGUACUGUGGGGGGUCCAACGAGGCGGCCUGUGUGCUCGCUGACAACUUCAAACUGAGGAUGAUACGGCUGGACACCACAUGAUGACGAGAUUUUCUGCUGAGUCAUCAUGGCAGCUCUACGCAUUUAUCUCCCUUGAAUACUCUUUUGGUCAUAAGAAAAAUAUUGAAAACUUCAAGCAGAACAUAUCAAACAACUCUAGUUGUUUAUGGUAGAGCCUUUUUUGUGUGAUUUGGAGCUCUAACACUUGGUCAGCGUGCAAACAAGUUAAUUAAUGUGGCUUAUGAUUUGAUAUACAAUAAGAUAAAGUGUUGUGAAGUUACGAAUCUUCACACUCACGGUGAAUUUGUUUUAGCUUUGGUGAAGGAAAUCUAGGUAGUUGUUUGUGGAAAUGGUAGGUAUUUGUAAUUUUGGGAAUGGUAUGGAAAAAUUGUUUUUUUUUUUUUGGUUUGAGAACUGUGAAAGCAAGCAUGGAUGCUG